UUUUCCUCUCUUCACUUCCCCGCUCAUUUCAUCUACUUUAUUACUCAUGCCCUCAGGCGUACGCCGCAGGCUGCCCGAUUUCCACAAAUUGAUCCAUCACCCCGGAUUAUGGACGAGGCUCCGCACGACCAUCACCAUGCGCAUCACCACCACCUGCAUGAAAAUUCAUUGCAUGAAGACGGUGAGGAGGACGGAGACGGGCUGGAGGAGGACAUGCUACACCAGCACACGCGGCACCACCACCCUUUCUCCAUGGAAGGCGUCGUGGAGGAGGACGAGCAACAGCAUCAUCACCAGUCUCUCUUGCCCGUCAUGGAGGGCCCGGCGGAGGGCAGUUGUCUGAACGGUCCGCUGGGAGAGGGCGUGCACUCGGAAGCAGAGGAUGACGAGGGGGGAGCAAGGGGGAUGGGUGGAGGCGGAGGCACGGAGCUGCAGGGAGGAAACGGGGAGGGACGCCACGGGGAAGAGGAGGAGGAAGACUUGUCGGGGGUGGUAAUUCUGGCGGAUGACGGAGAAGGUGUGGGGGUAGCGUGCGAGAAAGGGCAGGAGAGGGGCCUUGGGCGGCACCCCCGGGGGCUGGAGGGGGGCCAGGGAGGCGGAUCCACGGGUGUCAGCCUGGACCGCAGCCCCGACCACCACCAUCAGCAGGAGGAGGAGGUCGCCUUCUACCCGGACAUGGGCCAGACAUCCCACAUUCUGACGGAGGGCCGGGGAAAGGCAGGCACGGAGUUGCGACAGGAGACGCUGCCCCCUCCCCCCCCUUCGAGCGAGCGGCCUCUGCGGGACUCGGCCAAGGGCGCAGAGCCACGCCCGCAGGGGCCGCCGCGGGGUACACAGGCGAAAGAGCUUCCUCCUUCCGGCCCCCUUAGCCUCUCGAGUCACCCUCACUUCCAUCCGUUGACCAUGGCGGCCGCGCAGGAGCUGCACGUGACAUUACCGCACAUGCUACUGCACCCUCCUCCCCCCCUCGCUCACCACAAGCACGAGCACCCGCAGGAACAACAAGCACCAAAAACCUCGGUGCCGUCCUCUCUUCUGGGGUCGGCGGCGCCACACGGGGAGGACGGGAGGCAGAGAACCCGGACAGGGGAAGAAGGGGAAGACGGAGGUGUAGAAGCUGGUGGAGACCUCGCUCCUUCCCCCCUGGAUCCCUCCCACGGCCAGGACGAGCACCCGCACCACGAUCUCAAGAUGGAAAAUACCGUCCACAUCGCUGCUUCUUCCUCUAGUGGACAGCCCACCUUCUUCAAUGUCCCCUCUACCGCGCCCUCGUCCUCGGUCGGCCCGUCCGCCCCACCUCCUAUGAUCGACAUGACUCACACCGCCGGGGGCCCGGCGUUUCCGGCUCCAGCGCCCGCGCCGGGACAACGGCAGCGGAAAGCCAACGGUCCUCGGGGCGCACCUGGUGCCGCCAAUGCCCUCAAAGGUCUGAAAAUGGGGUUUUGCACAGCGGACGGAUGCAAGAAAGUGGCCAUCUACGGGAAGGAAGGCGCCCGCGCCGAGUUUUGCAGCAAACAUCGGAACGAGAUGGAGGGCAUGGUGGACCUGAUCAAUAGGAAGUGUGAGGCGGGCGCAGGCUGCCAGAAGAGACCGCACUAUGGGUUCCGGGGACAGCGAGCCCUCUACUGCAGCGAGCACCGGCAGCCGAAAAUGAUCAACGUGACCGGGAGCCUCUGCGACUUUGGCGAUUGUGUGAAGCGGGCUUCGUACGGAUGGAAGGACCCUGCGGACCCGGGCAAGAAACGCCGGACCCGCUGCGCCGCCCACAAGGAGGCGGGGAUGGUGGACGUGGCGCAUCGCCUCUGCGAGGAGCCGGGCUGUCAGAAAUCGCCCUACUACGGCUACCCGGACACGAAGCGGGCGCUCGUCUGCGCCGAGCACCAGCGGCCCAUGAUGGUGAGCAUGUCGCGCCGGUGCCACGUGGAAACCUGCACCAAGCUCCCGUACUACGGCUACGAAGGCCAGAAGGCGGCUUCGUGCGCCGCCCACAAGAAGGACGGGAUGCUGGACGUGGUGAGUAAGAAGUGCGCGGACCCGUCCUGCCGGACCCAGCCUUCCUACGCCUUCCUCGGGGAAGCCCCCCGGCAUUGCGCCAAGCACCGCCUGGAGGGGGAAGUGAACGUGGUGUCCCGUCGGUGCGACGUGGAGGGAUGUGGGAAGGUGCCCACCUAUGGCGACCCGGGACUGCGCAAGCCGGUCCGGUGCCGGAACCACCGGGAGGAGCGCCACGUGAACGUGGCCCACAGACUCUGCGACUUUCCCGACGGCUGCUUGACGCAACCGUCCUUUGGGUUGGAUGACGGAAAGGGCGCCACCCGGUGCACGAAGCACAAGGAGGAAGGGAUGCGAGACAUGAAGAGUCGUCGGUGCGAGGUGGAUGGCUGUGUCAAGAAGCCCCUGUACACCCACGGGGGGGAAGGAAGCGAUGGUGGCCGCGGGGAAGGGAAAGCCGUGCGGUGCGCGGAGCACAAGGAGGAGGGCAUGGUCCCGGCCACCUCUCGGCAACGGAAGGAGCGGGAGGGGAAGAAGGAGGUGGCGGGAAGCGUGGAGAGCACGGGCGGGUCCUUGGCGCCCAAGAUGAUAAGCCUGGGUGCGACGGAGGCCCCGGGCGUGUCGGUGGCGGCCUUGAACCAUGCCAGCGGCGGGAGCAAGCCCGGCGGGGAGGGAGGGGAGGGGGAAGGCGCGAGCACGGCGAACUCCAUCCCCCCCUUGCCCUUGGUGGUGGACGGGACCCCGAACAGUGGGCCGGGGAUGCCCUCGGCGUUGUUGCCUAUGUCCGCGUUGGAGGAGGCGGCUCUGGCCCUGGGUGAGGAGGGUGGAGUUGGGGAGAGAGGAGGUGCAGGGGUACGAAAGCGUCCUAGAGGGGGGAAGACGAAGGUAGGGAGAGGCGGAGGAGGGAAACGGCGGGUACGGGAGAAAGGGCAAAUGGAACAGCACGAGGAAGAGGAUGAAGAGCAUGAGGAGGAGGAGGAGGGAGGGAGGCAGGAAGGGGCUGUAGGGGGGGAGGAGGCCGCAGGCAUGGAGGGAGAGAGCGGUAUCAAACCACUAGCUGCGACCGGGCCCGUCGAGCCUCAGGAUGAGGAGGCUGCGGCCCUGUCAUUACAAGCGAUAGGAGUGGUACCCACGGCUAUGAGGCAAUGGUUGUAAAGAAAGAUGUCGAGGAUGCUUGUGAAGCGUGUGCUGUGACGCAUUUCGGAAAAGAAAAAGAAAACACAUCGAGGCAAUGCCAUGUCAAAA